GAAUUUUCCGAAGCAUUGGAAGAAAUGCUACGAAGUACGGUAAUUAACAAGGUCAGAGAUUUACGCUCGACUGAUCUUGAAGAACGAAACGGGACACGACAUAUUUGUCAAGGCAAUCCUUGCGGAUGGGCGAUCUAUACUAAGUUCACCCGCCGUUUUGAAUAUUUCAUGAGAAAUACAUGCGAGUGUCCAGAUUAUUCGUACAAGUGCGUACAUACGGAGGACGAUUUAUCCGUAAGUGCAUACGUAUAUCGAUGUCGUCAAAAUACGACGUCGAACGAUACCGAGGCACCGCCAGAAGACACGAAUUAAAACAGAGACUUCUUUUUUUUUAAUCUACAGCGCGCCAAAAAACAAUAUCACACACUCGCACACACAUUUAGAAAGUUAAACGAUGAUUAUCCCACCGUCGAGAAAAGUCCUUUCGUCGAGCGUUUUUGCAUUCAUUUUAUACGAGACGUUCCAAACGAUUUAACGACGAACACAAGGAAAAAGAAACAAACAAAUCUAUCGUCUUCCAUUUAUCUUUGACAAUCUUUAUUCGAAAUUUAUACCAUUUAAUUUCAAUGAAACUCUCAACGUCAGCCAUCUUAACGACGCCAUGUUGCUACACAUCGCUUUCCAUUUUUCAAAUAUAGAGAGAUCAUCGAUCGAAUAGACAGUAUCGUUUCUUUUAAAUAGGUAGCAUAAACAACAAAAGAAAAACAUUUCUCAUUCAAUCAAAUUUAUAAGGUCCCUUAAAACCUUCCUUCCUUAGUCGGUUUUCAGCACGUCCCAUUUAUAUAUAUAUGUUUUAUCGUUGAAGUAUAUAAUUCAGUUAAUUCAUGAAAAACUUAUGUCUUACACGAAAUAACUAAAAACGUUUUAGAGAAAAAAUAUAACAAGAAUUUUAUUAUACGCAAACUAAUUGUUUUUAUGAAAUAACUAAGUAAAAUGUGAAUUCACGAGAGACGAGUAGUUUAAGUAUUAAAUUGAAAUUUGAUUUAAAGUUUGCUUUUCUUUCUACAACAACGCUCGUAAUUAUCCGUUCUUAUCUAUUCCUGUACUUUGAAAACCGAUGUUCUGUUAGUCAUGUUGUUCUAUUAAAUCUAAUCUACGGAUUAAAUUUCUAUUUCAUACUUUCGCCACUCACACCUUUUGUGAAUUCUUAUAUCACCUAGUCAUCAUUCUGCCUUAUUUCAUACUUUAGCAAGUAAGUAUAGUUAUUUCAUUGUUAAUCUGGUUAUUUCAUGAAUUAACAAAUUUCACGUUUAACGGUAGCAUAUGUAUGUAGAAUUAUAUUUGUAGUUUAAAAAUAUAGUUUUGUAAAAAAAAGUUUGCUCGUAAUAAUUUACGAACGCGCUUUCCAAGUGUUACAUCAAACAAUUUUUUUUAAUAUUUUUCUAAAAAGGAAAAAGAAACGAAGUAGAAUGGUAGACGUGAUAUAAGUUACGCGUUUAUAUUUUAUGUAAUUGCAAAUAUGGCAACUUUUGCAUAUGCAUUUAUGCAAAGCGUAAUGCAAAAAGUAGUCCACACACCGCGACUAUAUUCACAAUUAAGAAUUAAAACUCUUAUUCACAAAUAUUUACAUACAAUUUACAAUUAUUGUUAAUAACGAUUUACCUAAAAUUUGACAUAUCUAAUAUACUAUAUAGGAGAUUAACUUUUAACGUACUACCAAUUUUCUUUCUUUCUCUUUUUUUCUUCUUUUCUUUUAUUAAAAAUAAAACAACGCACGAAUCCUUUCCAAAGCUAAUAAAUAACAUUGUACUUAAUGGAAAUGGAAUAUCGCGUCUUUAAAAAAUAACCAUAAUAUUUAAUGUAUUCGUAUUAAAAGAACCUCGAAUAACUUGUUAUUUCAUGUAAAAAAAAGCAAAAACUUCGUAAAAUAAUACGAGCUAUCAAUGUUUUUCUAUAUCCUAGUUAUAAUUAAUUCAAAUAAUUAAGAGAUAUUAAGGUAUAUGUGUGUAAGCAAAUAUCUUUAGCCUCCUAUAAAUUAAACAUAAACAACAAAAAGAAAAAAGUAAAUAGUUAAAAUGUUUACACAAUGUUUACUUUAUCGCGAAAUCGAUUUACUAUAUGUACAUACAUAUAUAAUAUAUAAUAAUAAAGUAAAAAUGUAGUUUAAAACAAAUUUGGAAGAAACGAAAGAAAAAACAUUUUGUAUACUUCAUUAUUAUGAUGCUGCAAUAUUCUCAGAAAUAAGAAAAAUAGUCAUCAUUAGUUAACGGAGGCUAUAAUUAAACGUAUUCGUAAUGCAGUAUUUUCAGUAUCAUUUGUACUCCUUUUGUGAAUCGAUGUAUAUAUUGAUCUUAUCAUUCACAUAUUUUUUCAGAUACGAGGAUUUUCAUAUGUAUGUAUAACACCGUAUAUGUUAAAAUUGAUUUAGAAAAUAAAUAGAAAUGAUUUAUGUAAUA